AACAUGGCGACCCAGUGCUGAGAUAGCAACGGCUCGACGGAACUGGUGGCGACGUCGGCCAGGCGUUAAGGCAGUUUUUGACACCUGCGGCGAAGCAGGGCCGGGCCGGCAAUGACGGCCUGAGUCGGUUAAGACACCGAACAAGCGAUGAAAGAACAGCAACGAGCGGAUUUCAAUCGACGGCAUACGAAGACGGGAACCACCACGACGAAGGGCAUGUUUCUGUCCCGGGCGCUGGAGAAGAUCCUGUCGGAUAAGGAGGUGAAGCGAAGCCAGCACAACCAGCUGCGCAAGGCUUGUCAGGUGGCUCUGGAGGAGAUCAAGCUUGAGCUGGAAAAACAGAAGGAUGGCAUUGUGGUUCCACCAAGAGCCAACUACGUCGAGGCGGACAAGUACGUCCUGCCCUUUGAGCUGGCAUGUCAGUCAAAGUCUCCGCGAAUUGUCAGCACCUCCCUGGACUGCUUGCAGAAGCUCAUCGCUUACGGCCACAUCACGGGGAAUGCUCCGGACAGUGGAGCACCUGGGAAACGGCUGAUCGACCGGCUGGUAGAGACCAUCUGCAACUGCUUCCAGGGCCCACAGACAGAUGAGGGCGUGCAGCUACAGAUUAUCAAGGCUCUUCUGACAGCAGUGACAUCUCCUCACAUAGAGAUCCAUGAGGGGACAGUUCUACUAACUGUGCGUACCUGUUACAACAUCUACCUGGCCAGCCGCAACCUGAUCAACCAGACCACAGCCAAGGCCACCCUAACUCAGAUGCUCAACGUCAUUUUUACGCGCAUGGAGAACCAGGCGGCUCUAGAGGCCCAGGAAGCUGAAAAGGAGAGACAGCGUUUGCAGCCCCCAAACCCUGUCCCAGCGCCCCCAAACCCCUCCCCUACACCAGGGCAAAUUUCUGGAUCCCCGUGGUCUGGACGCAGCCCCUCCGAACAGAACUGUCCACUCUCAUCCUCACCCAGCCCCCUGGACAUCAACACCAUGCCCCCUGUGACUCAGGACACCACCUCAAUCAAUGGCCAAACGGACAAUCUAAAGACGGAGGAGGGGGAGGCUACACAAGACUCGACGGAAAGCUCACAACCAGGUCCAGACACACUGGAGUCAGGUUCCCAUGUUCCCAAGUCACCACAAGAGGGCGCCAGUGAGGGAGAGCAGUACCCACUGGAGGCUGAGCAGGAGGAGGCAGAGCCAGACAGUGGCCUGGGAGAGAGCUCUGUGGAGGGAGUAGGCUUGGACCAACAUUCUGAUUCUGAAUCCAAAGUGGCGCCCACUGCUGUCAGGGCUGAUGCUCAGCAAAUGAAUGGUGUUGUGGACGAUCGAGCUUCUGUGUCGUCCACAGAUAUUCUGGAUGCCGAGGCGAUGCAGGGCACUCAGACGGCUGCCCGCUUUUCCCACAUCCUGCAGAAAGACGCCUUCCUGGUGUUCCGCUCCCUCUGCAAGCUCUCCAUGAAGCCCCUGGCCGACGGCCCGCCCGACCCCAAGUCUCAUGAGCUGCGCUCUAAGGUGGUCUCCCUACAGCUGCUGCUGUCUGUCCUCCAGGGGGCCGGCCCUGUUUUCCGCACACACGAGAUGUUUGUAAAUGCUAUAAAGCAGUACCUGUGUGUGGCGCUGUCCAAGAAUGGCGUUUCUUCCGUGCCUGAGGUGUUCGAGCUCUCACUGGCCAUUUUCCUCACCCUACUGUCCCACUUUAAAGUGCAUCUUAAAAUGCAGAUUGAGGUGUUCUUCCGAGAGAUCUUUCUGACCAUUCUGGAAACGUCGUCGAGCUCCUUCGAGCACAAGUGGAUGGUCAUCCAGACGCUGACUCGCAUUUGCGCAGAUGCUCAAUGCGUGGUGGAUAUUUACGUGAAUUAUGACUGUGACCUGAAUGCAGCCAAUAUCUUUGAGCGGCUGGUGAACGAUCUUUCAAAAAUCGCUCAGGGUCGGAGUGGACAGGAACUGGGCAUGACACUGCUGCAGGAACUGAGUUUGCGGAAGAAGGGCCUGGAGUGCCUGGUGUCCAUUCUGAAAUGCAUGGUGGAGUGGAGCAGAGACCUGUAUGUCAACCCCAACCUACAGACCAACCUGGGCCAGGAGCAUCAGGCCGAGGGCGAGGUGGUGGAGGUGAAGCCCCCGGAGCACCUGUCCUCGCGGCGGGACAGCGUGGGCUCGCAGGACUCUGCCGUGUCCUCUGGGGUCCAGGCCUCGGACCACCCCGUGCAGUAUGAGGUCAUCAAGCAACAGAAGGAGAUCAUCGAGCAUGGCAUCGAGCUAUUUAAUAAAAAACCCAAGAGGGGAGUGCAGUACCUGCAGGAGCAAGGCAUGCUGGGAAACUCUCCAGAGGACAUCGCUCAGUUUCUGCAUCAGGAGGAGAGGCUAGACACAACUCAGGUCGGGGAGUUCCUGGGUGAGAACGCCAAGUUCAAUAAGGAGGUGAUGUACUGCUACGUGGACCAGCUCGACUUCUGCGGCAAGGACUUCGUGUCGGCUCUGCGCGUCUUCCUGGAGGGCUUCCGGCUGCCCGGCGAGGCGCAGAAAAUCGACCGGCUCAUGGAGAAGUUCGCUGCUCGUUACCUCGAGUGCAACCAGGGGCAGACGCUGUUUGCCAGCGCGGACACGGCCUACGUCCUGGCCUACUCCAUCAUCAUGCUGACCACCGACCUGCACAGCCCGCAGGUGAAGAACAAAAUGACGAAGGAGCAGUACAUCAAGAUGAACCGUGGCAUUAAUGACAGCAAGGACCUGCCUGAGGAGUACCUCUCCUCCAUCUAUGAUGAGAUCGCAGGGAAGAGGAUUGCCAUGAAGGAGAGCAAGGAGUACUCCAUCACCCCCAAGUCCAGCAAGCAGAGCGUGGCCAAUGAGAAACAGAGGCGGCUGCUGUAUAACGUGGAGAUGGAGCAGAUGGCGAAGACGGCUAAAGCUCUGAUGGAGGCAGUGAGCCAUGCCCAGGCCCCGUUCUUCAGCGCCACCCACCUGGAGCACGUCCGGCCCAUGUUCAAGUUGGCGUGGACACCCCUGUUGGCAGCGUUCAGCGUGGGCCUGCAGGACUGUGAUGACCCGGAUGUGGCAUCUCUAUGUCUGGAGGGAAUCCGCUGUGCCAUCAGGAUCGCCUGUAUCUUCGGCAUGCAGUUGGAACGGGAUGCAUACAUCCAGGCCUUGGCCAGGUUCACCCUCCUCACAGCUAGCUCCAGUAUCACCGAGAUGAAGCAGAAGAAUAUCGACACCAUAAAGACCCUCAUAACCGUGGCACACACUGACGGCAACUACCUGGGCAACUCUUGGCACGAGAUUCUGCGGUGUAUCAGUCAGCUGGAGCUGGCACAGCUGAUCGGCACAGGCGUGAAGACGCGUUACAUCUCUGGUGUGAUCAGAGACCAAGGCAGUAGCGUGAAGGGCUUCCCCACCGGCGGAGAGGAGUUCAUGCCCCUGGGCUUAGGCACAUUAGUUGGGGGUCCAGACAGGCGUCAGAUGGCACAUAUCCAGGAGUCUGUAGGGGAGACCAGCUCUCAGAGUGUGGUGGUAGCUGUGGACAGAAUUUUCACUGGAUCCACCAGGCUUGAUGGAAAUGCAAUAGUGGAUUUUGUGCGCUGGUUGUGCGCGGUGUCGAUGGACGAGCUAGCCUCGGCUCACCAGCCCCGCAUGUUCAGCCUGCAGAAGAUCGUGGAGAUCUCCUACUACAACAUGAACCGCAUCCGCCUGCAGUGGUCCCGUAUCUGGCAGGUUAUUGGAGACCACUUCAACAAGGUGGGCUGUAAUCCCAACGAGGAUGUGGCCAUCUUCGCAGUCGACUCUUUGAGGCAGCUUUCCAUGAAGUUCUUGGAGAAGGGAGAGCUGGCCAACUUCCGCUUCCAGAAGGACUUCCUCAGGCCCUUUGAGCACAUCAUGAAGAAGAACAGGUCUCCCACUAUCCGGGACAUGGUGAUCCGUUGCGUGGCCCAGAUGGUGAACUCCCAGGCUGCUAAUAUCCGCUCCGGCUGGAAGAACAUCUUCUCGGUUUUCCACCAGGCAGCGUCGGACCACGACGAGUCCAUAGUGGAGCUGGCUUUCCAGACCACUGGGCACAUUGUCAUGAACACCUUUCAGCAGCACUUUCCAGCCGCGAUCGACUCCUUCCAGGAUGCGGUGAAGUGCCUGUCCGAGUUUGUGUGUAACGCCGCGUUUCCCGACACCAGUAUGGAAGCCAUCCGACUCAUUCGACACUGCGCCAAAUACGUGUCUGACAGACCACAGGCACUAAGGGAAUACACUAGCGAUGACAUGAAUGUUGCCCCUGGUGACCGGGUGUGGGUACGAGGCUGGUUCCCCAUUCUGUUUGAGCUCUCCUGCAUCAUCAACCGCUGCAAGCUGGACAUCAGGACCAGAGGCCUGACGGUGAUGUUUGAGAUCAUGAAGAGUUAUGGACACACCUUUGAGAAGCAUUGGUGGCAUGACCUCUUCCGCAUCGUCUUCCGCAUCUUUGACAACAUGAAGCUUCCAGAACAACAGACUGAGAAAACCGAGUGGAUGACCACCACGUGUAAUCACGCGCUCUACGCCAUCUGCGACGUCUUCUCGCAGUUCUACGAGCCGCUCAGCGAGGUGUUGCUGGCAGAUGUCUUUGCUCAGCUGCAGUGGUGCGUCAAGCAAGAUAACGAGCAGCUGGCACGGUCUGGCACGAACUGCUUGGAGAACCUGGUGAUCCAGAACGGGGAGAAGUUCAGCGCGGAGGUGUGGGACGUCACCUGCGCCUGCAUGCUGGAGAUCUUCCAGUCCACCAGCCCUCAUGCCUUGUUGACAUGGCGACCGGCUGGGCAGGAAGAGGAGGUGGGAGAUGGGAAACACAUGGACGUGGAGGUAGACUCUCAGUCCCAGAGCAGCUUUGAGAGGACACUCUCAGAGAGAGGACAGAGUCAGAUGUCCACGGCCAGCGAUGAGAUUUGGAGGGGAAAGCCCCACGCACGGGUGUCGGAUCAGAGGCUGUUUGCAGGACUGCUCAUAAAGUGUGUGGUGCAGCUGGAGCUCAUCCAGACCAUUGAUAACAUCGUUUUCUACCCUGCUACCAGCAAGAAGGAGGAUGCUGAGAACAUGGCUGCUGCUCUGAGGGAUGCUCUGGAGGAGGCGGCGGAGGUGGAGCCACAGGCCAGGCCCGAGCAGGGCAUGUACAGGCAUCUCUCUCCCCAGCACCUCUUCAAGCUGCUCGACUGCCUGCUCGAGUCGCACACCUUCGCCAAAGACUUCAACUCCAACAACGAGCAACGCACGGCGCUCUGGAGGGCAGGAUUCAAGGGCAAGUCCAAGCCCAACCUGCUGAAGCAGGAGACCAGCAGCCUGGCCUGCAGCCUGCGGAUCCUCUUCCAGAUGUAUUCGGACAGACGGCUGCAGGAAGCCUGGCCGGACAUCCAAACCCGCCUGCUGCUUGUGUGUAGCGAAGCCUUGGCUUACUUCAUCAGCCUCACCUCGGAGAGCCACCGAGAGGCUUGGACCAGUUUACUGCUGCUCCUGCUUACAAGAACACUCAGACUGCCUGAUGAUAAGUUCAAGGCACAUGCAUCCUGCUACUACCCCUACCUGUGUGAGAUGAUGCAGUUCGACCUGAUCCCUGAGCUGCGCGCUGCCCUGCGCCGCUUCUUCCUCCGCAUUGGCUCCGUCUUCCGCAUCGCUGCACCCGACACGGCGCCUGCACGAUCCCCGCCUUCAUAGUCUCUCUCUCCCCCACACACACCCACACACACACACACACACACACUGCGGUAAGAGCGUGAGCAUGGACCACCCUCCAGCGCAAAGGACUGAUGCUGCUUGCUCUGGGUGCCAGGGACCCCGCCUGGAUCUCCCCGACCGCACAUCCCUGGACACCCCUGCAGGACAGAACAGCACUGUGACCCAGCAGAGCUCUCCUCUAUGUUGACUGCUCAACAUUUGUGACUCCGUAAAAGCAUAUUAGUCAUGUAACCUGGAAGGGUGCAAGGGUAUUAUGGCAACAAGAAUAAUUUAUUAACUAUCCUGUUUGAUUGAUUGUUUGUUAGUUGAUUUGUGUUUUGAGUUUUGUGUGUGUUUGUUUUUUGUCAUAUCGGUUAAAUUAUUUUGUUCUCAUUUUAAUAAGUGAACAAACAGCAAUUUCCAAAUGCAUAGAGCAGAAGAAGAAUCUGAGUAUCGUAAUAACAGGCUUGUUAUUUAUAGCAGGUCUGCACAUCUGUACCUGUGACGACGCACGCGUCUGGGGAAACCAGCUCUGAAAGUCAUGAAAAUGUGUUUGCUUUCUCUUGCUCUGAAGAAUAUAGGGGAUUCAAAUGUAAUGUUACAUAGCCUGAGAAGGUUGGUGUUAUGUGGCUGCUCUCAGAAAUGUUUUUGUUGAUUUCAUUUAGCAUUCUCUUCAGGAGUUUCCACUCACUCAGUACACUACUACUAUUGGCAGGAAGCGCACACAGUUGGUUUCUAAAAGAUGCUGGAAGUCAGAGUUACAUUUGGUCUGUAAGGGGAAAGGCUGGGGCCUUUUUGUGCUUUUUUUUUCCUCCCAUAUAUGGUGUGAACUUUAGAGGUGUGGUAAACAGUUGUCAGUUUGAGGCAUGCUUGCUUUGUCGACUGACGUUUGUUUGUUUGUUUGUUUGUUUGUUUAUCUUCCCAUACAUAAGAUCAGCAUAGCUGGUUCCCAAUUUUGAGUAUGACUGAGUCAGACAGCUCGCUUAACUAUCCUCCAGCCAGUGUUGCCAUACCAACUGCAAGCAAAACCAAGAAAUAACCAUAGUAAUGUAUAAUGCAGACAUGUUUGUAUUUGCAUCCAACAGUAUCAAGCCUCUGUCUUACCAGAGCAUAUUAAGUUUUGGAUGCAUUUUUAUGCAGAUGUAUUUAAUUCUUGGAAGUGCAUUUAAAUAUUUUCUGAAAGCAUUCCUUCCCUUGCAACUAUAUUUGUUCACUUUGCCUCCUUCAAGUAGGGGGAGUAUAAAUAUAUACAGUACGAAAAAAAUACAAAGUGUAAAGUUUUCAUGUAAAAUAAAGAAAAAAUGCUCUACACAUAUCGUGAUGUAAUCUUCCAAGCAUUUGGUGAAUUAAUCAAUAAAAAAUCAGUUCUGCACAACUGAA